AUGAGCCUGGACUUCAUCCUGAAGAAGAUUCUGGAUGAAAUGAUCUUUGGCGACCUCUUCAAUUCAAUUGUGGCUGGUCGGUUGCUGAAUCUGACAGGGACGGCUUUUGAAACGAAUGAGUGUGUGGAUACCACCGUCUGCCCAGCUUAUGCAACCUGCACCGACACUCCAAAAAGUUACUACUGCACUUGCAAACAAGGCUUCCUGUCCAGCAACAGAGAGACACAGUUCAGGGGCCCAGGAGUGGAAUGCAAAGAUAUAGAUGAGUGUUCUCAAAACCCCCUACAAUGUGGUCACAACUCAGUCUGCAAAAACCUGCCAGGGAGGUACAAGUGCAGCUGUUUGCCUGGUUUCUCUUCUCCUACUGGAAACAACUGGAACCCGGGAAAGCCAGGUCGUUUUGCCUGUACAGACAUCAAUGAAUUCCUCUCCAGUGGGAUCUGCUCAGAGCAUUCUGAGUGUUCCAACUCCUUGGGAAGCUACAGUUGCAGCUGUCAAGAUGGGUUCUUCUCUAACAACUCCACCUGUGAAGAUGUGGAUGAAUGUGUGGAUCCCAGAGCUUGCACAGAGCAUGCGACUUGCCACAACAGUCCUGGAAGGUACUAUUGUGUCUGCAACCCAGGAUUUGUUUCCAGCAGUGGAAACACGAGAUUCCACGGUCCAGGAGAGAAGUGUGAAGAGGUCCUGGGCAAGGCGUCCCCUCCACAGGCAUUGAAAAGUGCCUUUUCAAUGCAACAUGCACCAACACCUCCCAGGGGCUACUUUUGUACCUGCCACCCUGGCUUUGCACCAAGCAAUGGACAGCUGAACUUCACAGACCAUGUAGUGGGAUGUAGAGAUAUUGAUGAGUGCUCCCAAGAUCCAUCACCGUGUGGUCCCAAUUCUGUCUGCACCAAUGCCCCAGGCACCUACAGCUGUAGCUGCAUUGUGGGCUUCCGUCCCAAUCCAGAAGGCUCCUGGAAACACAGCAACUUCAGCUGCAAAAGUGGAUCAACGCUCAUGUAUGCUCUUCCCUCUGGCGCACAGGUUUCCUUUUGUGCACUAAUGAACACCACCUUCAGCAUCCUGGACGAUGCCUGUGAGAACAAAUCCACCGUCAUUUCUCUGAAGAAUACGGCUGAGAGUGUUACCUCUGUGCUUGAGCAAACGUCCACGUGGUCCAACUUCACCAAAGAAGAAACGUCCACCCUGGCCAUAGUUUUACUGGAGACCGUGGAGAGCACCACAUUGGCAGCGUUCCUGAAAUCCUCAGAGAAUGUCAGUCAGUCUAUUCAGACGGAACACCUAGAUAUUAAGACCCAAGUUAUUAACAAAGAAUGCUCUGAGGAGAACACCGUCUUUAACUUCAAAGCCAAAGGGGAUGAGAUGAAGAUUUGGUGCUCCACAAUUGAAGAAUCUGAAUCCACAGGGACCACUGGGGUGGCAUUUGUCUCCUUUGUGGGUAUGGAGUCUGUUUUGGAUGAGAGCUUCUUCCAAGACCCUCGGGCGCCCUUGGGCAACUCCAGGAGGAAACUGAAGAUGAAUUCUCGCAUCGCUGGGGGCAUCAUGACAGGGAAGAAGAAAGAUGGCUUCUCCGACCCAAUCAUCUACACUCUGGAGAACAUCGAGCCAAAGCAGAAGUCUGAGAGCCCCAUCUGCGUUUCCUGGAGCACAGAUGCUGUGGGUGGUAGGUGGACGCCAUCUGGCUGUGUGAUGCUUGAAGCUUCUGAGACGCAUACCGUCUGCAGCUGUAAUCGAAUGGCGAACCUGGCCAUCAUCAUGGCUCCUGGGGAGCUCACGAUGGAAUUCUGCUUGUACAUCAUUAGCCACGUGGGCAUGAUCAUCUCACUGGUGUGUCUCGUCUUGGCCAUUGCUACCUUCCUGCUAUGCCGUAGUUGCUGCCGCAACCCCAACACUUACCUCCACCUGCACCUCUGCGUGUGCCUCUUCUUGGCCAAGAUUCUUUUCCUCACCGGUGUAGACAAGACGGACAACCAGACGGGCUGUGCCAUCAUCGCGGGCUUUCUGCACUACCUGUUCCUUGCCUGUUUCUUCUGGAUGCUGGUGGAGGCCGUGAUGCUCUUCCUUAUGGUCAGGAACCUGAAGGUGGUGAAUUACUUCAGCUCUCGCAACAUCAAGAUGCUGUACCUCUGUGUCUUUGGCUACGGGCUCCCGGCGGUAGUGGUGGCUGUCUCCGCCGGCCUGCAACCACAGGGCUAUGGGAUGUAUAAUAGCUGCUGGCUGAAUACGGAGGCGGGGUUCAUCUGGAGUUUCCUGGGGCCAGUUUGCACAAUCAUAGUGAUCAAUUCCACCCUCUUGACUUGGACACUGUGGAUCCUGAGGCAGAAGCUUUCCAGCGUCAAUGCCGAAGUCUCAACGCUCAAAGACACCAGGUUAUUGACAUUCAAGGCCUUUGCCCAUGUCUUCAUCUUGGGGAGCUCCUGGGUGUUGGGCAUUUUCCAGAUUGGACCCAUGGCUAGUAUCAUGGCCUACCUGUUCACCAUCAUCAACAGCCUGCAGGGGGCCUUCAUCUUCCUCAUUCACUGUCUGCUCAACCGCCAGGUACGGGAAGAUUACAGAAGAUGGAUUACCAGGAAGAUCAAACCCAGAGCCCAGUCCGAGACUUCAGGGACCUUACUGUCAUCCCUUCCCUCCACUUCCAAAACGGGAGUGCUCCGAGAAGAGAGAAAGUACAGGAAGAAGAAGGAGCGGAGCAAGGCUGUGGUCUCGGCUGGAGCCUACUUGCAGCCUGACCUCACCGUGAGCUCUGGAGCAUGA